UGCCAAUUUCUUUAAGACAAAGAACUAGUAAAAAUAAUUCUCUCAUAUUAGCAUAUUAUUAAUAUCCCUUACUCUCUGCCAACUUCUGGCUUCAAUAUCUAUUAAACCUAAAAGUCUGUGAGCAUCAAAGUGACUGCUGAAGCUCUAUUGGCUUUUGAAAAGGUCGGUAAGAAACAACACAAGUGGGCUGUUUUAAGUCAGAUUAAGACAAGGAGAAGUGCCAUGUGGAGUGUGAAGGGGAGAUUGGGUCUACUUUUGAGGAGUUUAGAGGUGUAAUUCCUGGUGUUGAUCUGAGGUAAGUGGAGGAUGAGGAGUGGAGAUGGGAGUUUAUUUAGAUGGGGGUUGGUGUGUAUAUUGAGAAAGAUGAUGGAUCAGCUGUGAAUAAGAUUGUGUUCUUUAGUUAUGUGCCGGAUGAGUACACUGGUAUGGAUAAGUUGUUCUAUUCUGCUUUUAAGGAUUCUAUUAGGAAAGAAUUUGAAGGGAUUGCCAAGUGUAUUCAGGCUAAUGAUAAGGAUGACGUCGAUGAGAAGGAAGCAAUCUCUAACUUCUUUUAAUGCUAGC